AUGGUGAGUGCCAAGGAGCGCAAAAAGAACAUCGUCGAGAAGAAGUUGCGGGAUCUGAGCACCCUCGCGGGGCGGUACCAGAGCGCGUUUGUCCGUCGGAAUGCAUCCGAGAAAUCGCGGCACCCACGUGACAUGGUGUACGGGAAGCCGUGGGAAUCGCUCUUCAUGCGCAAAUCUCGUCGGGAGCGAAGGCAUAUUGUCCAGACACCAUGGGAGUACCCGAUGGGGGCACAGCACCUGGCGGCGAUCGUGAUUCAGAAACGCGUGCGGGGGCUGCUGACCCGGUUAUCGUUGCAGGGGCUGCUGCGCAGCCGCAAGAAGAAGAUGAAAAUGAGCCUCAUGCAUCGGUUCAUUGCCCUCCACAAUGGAAACUUCGACGACAAAGAGCACUUUCGCCACUUUUGCGCGUCGCGGCUGCAGGCAUGGUACAGAAUGCGGAAAAUCCACUGGCGGUACCAUCUCGACCGCCAUCCCAUGUACCACAUCGCGGCCAUGCAGAUUCAGUACAAGUGGCGCAUGUUCUUUCAACGGACUCUUGUCCAUGGCGACGUCACCCCCCGUGAACGAGCAGUCCUUCGCAUCCAGGCCAAGUGGCGGUGCUACACUAACCGCCGAAUCUACCGAUAUUACCGCGACUUGAUCCAUUUCCGCAACGCGGGCGACCCCAUGGUCAUGCUGCGCGCGAUCAACCCUUCCGAGGCGUCGUUGCUGGAUGCGUCAACGAACGCGCAGGUCCGCUUCCGACUCGGCGGGUCGGCGUUCCCCCCGACCAUCUACUACAAGAUCUUCACUCGCGGUGCUGUGUGCGAUAUGAAUGCAUUUAGCCCGAAAGACUACACGACAGCUCGUCACAUUGGGCCCCGCAACGUCAAUAUUCGACCAGCUCGACCUGGCAUUGGCGUGAAGCAAGUCAUCCGAGUCGGCAACGCGUACUACGGCGCCAACCAGUGCGGUUCCAACACCGCCAAUUGGUACCGCCGGUGGGAUAACAACGGAUGGCGCCCCGUCACGUCCAAAGUCAUCGCCCCGACCGCCGACAUGGACCCGAUCACGGUGGCGACGGCCAACCGACCCCGCGCAUACCACCACUCGCGCGUGGUGCGACAGCAGCAAGUGAUCCAACAGCGCAAGGAAAAGAAGCGGCAGUGGAUGAAGCAGCUCUACAUGAACCACAUGGACGAGAAAGCGCUCCAGGCAUGUGGGAACGACACGGAGCGACAAACCCCGGCGGAACCAGCCAUUGACUUUGACUCGCCCGACUGGGAAACUCAGGCCACCGACAUGUUUCACUGGGCCGAAAACUUGGACUUUGACCAUUACGUGGCCAACUGGUCAAGUCUGGGCACGACCACCACUGUUCAAGACGAGCUACCUGUCAUCAUGUGA